AUGCUGUCUGUACACCCUUACGCACAGCAUUCGAACGUCGCAGAUAUAGACCACUCGCACCCCUUGCCGCAGGACACGCCCCAGUCGCAGCGGUCGCAGCUGGGCUCGACCACCGCGGGCGGCGGCGGGUCCCAGACGAACCUGCAGCAGCUCGAGUGGGACGCUAGACUCGGCGGCGGCGCGGCCAACGCGUAUUUUUCCAAAUCCGCGUCCCAGAUGGGGCCUGCGCGCGCGUCUGUGCACGCGCCCAUGCUGUUACAGCAGCCCGUGAUGUGGAACUUCCAGCCCAGCCCGUACGGGGCGCCGUCUUCGUGGAGCCCGUACCAGUUCCAGCAGCCGCCGAGCGGGCCUGGCGGGUCGCCGCCGGGCGCGGCUGCGGCCGCAGGGGCGCCUCCCCCGGGCGGGGGCCCGCCCGGGGCCCCGCCCGGGGGAACGGGUCCCUCUGGGUACGUGCCCGCAGGCGUGCCCGCGGGCGUGCCCGCGGGCGUGCCCCAUCCGUCCGAGGCCAUGGGCCGCCACCCGAGCGCCUCAGACAUGUCCGCAGUCAUGUACGCGGCCGCCGCGGCGCCGGACCUGCGCCAGUACUCGGCGGCUUUCCCCGGGCUACUGCCGUUCCAGCCUGCGCCCCCUGCCGCCGUGGGCGGGUCCGCGGCGGCGCCGCCGCCCGCGCAGCACCAACAGCGGCUGCCGCCGUCGCUGCCGCCCCUGCAGCAGCGCCAGCUGCCGGACCACCGGGGCAGCGUGUCCCUGGUGGGCAUCCCCGGCGUGGUCCCCGGCGUGGUCCCGGGCGUCCCGGGCGUCACGGUGCUGGCCGGCGAGGGCGCCAACGUGCACAAGUGCCAUUUGUGCGACAAGUCGUUUAAGCGCAAAUCGUGGCUCAAGCGGCACCUGCUCUCGCAUUCGUCCGCCAAGCCCUACAACUGCCCCUGGUGCCAGAGCCGCCACAAACGCAAGGACAAUCUGUUCCAGCACAUGCGGCUGAAACACGUACCCCAGGUGCUCGAGGAGCUCACGGGCUCGGGCGGAAGCGCCGUCGGCGCCGUCGGCGCCGUCGGCUCCGCGCCGGACGCCGGGUCGCUCAAGAGCCUGAUUCACGACGGCCGCGUCAACAAAGAAGACGUCAAGACGGUGCUGAACGCGAUCAUUGCGCGUGUCAACGGCGAAGACAACGUACGUGAGUAG